AUGAACCUGCUGUUGGCCUCGCUGCCCAUCGAGUUGUUCCAGAAAAUCACCUCGCUUCUUCUGCUGCCAGACCAAGUAGCACUGGGCCGAACAUGCCGAGUCCUAGAGCGCCUGCUGACCCCAGUCAUCUGGGACGAGGUUGAGCUCCAUCACCGAGGCACACAUGAGGGUAUUGACAUAGAGGGGGAGACGGAGGAUAUAGAGCACGAAGGGCCCGAAGAACGUGAAGAACGAUUUGAAUGGACGCGCCGAGAGGAACUCAGAUAUCCGCAUAAACAGUUGGUGUAUCAGCCAUCUUUGCGCAAGUAUGCCCAAGAUGAGUUCAAUCCCGAUCAAUGGGCGAAGGACCUCAAGCUCAAGAGACGCCACUGGCGAAGUCGCGACCGCAAUGACCUCAGAGCUACUGACAACUGCAAUCGAAGGAACCUUCAGUUCGGGAGGGAGGAGAGUUUCGUGAGGGUCAGGGAGAUUACGUCGGUGGAGCGCUGGAACUUCUUGGCGCAGCAUGUCCACUCGCUAUGCAUGUCGAUUGGCGUCGACAGCGAGGUAGUGGAGGUGAUUGGAAGUUUCAGAAAUCUGAAGUCCUUGGAGCUCGUCGGCCUGCCCCUGGAGAAAGGGCAUGCAGUGACAGCACCGGAUGUAUGGCUGCCAAACUUGCAGAACCUCAGGCUCCGAGGAUACUUCUCAGCUGCUCUGGUGAGAAUAUUUUGCAGCAAUUGUGAACAUAUUAAAUACUUAGACUUGGGGUUGCUUGCAACACCGACUGAUGAUGCUGUUUAUGCUGACACCCUUCUAAACAACGAUGAUGAUUGGGCACUGGUCGCCGAGAAGGAAGCCGAGUGUUACCAACAGAUUGAUGCUGCGGUAGCUGCACUCUCGCCCAGUUCGGAGGGUAAGACCAGUGGGGAAGCUCAUGAAGACGAUUGGAAGGAUGAGGACGAGGACGACUCAGAUGGUGACCGGGAGCCACAAACCUGGGCCUUUCACAGUCCAAUAUGGCUUCCAAGGUCACUACCUCAACAAUUCAGAGCGCUCACACAUUUGCACUUGAUCAAACCGUUCACUGGCGAGACCAUUAUUCGGACCGCGCCCAACUCCGACGGUUAUGACAUACCACACCGGUAUGAACAGAUCAUGAACAGAGAAUGGAUGAUCAUCCUCCAAGGAGUAUCAGGCACGCUCAAAGAGUUGAUACUUGAGCACCGAAUCCCAAAGAACGAGGGCAGUGCUGCUGGUGAUAGUGACCCAGUCCCUGAACUGAAGAGAUCGGCUCGCAACGCAUUCCAACCCACAGAGUCGACUGAUCCCGAUCGCGGGGAUGAGCUUUUCUGUAGAUCUGUCCUACGACUGUUGUUAGAGCGAGGCGAUCACUUCUCGCAGCUGAGACAACUUUCUUUGAGAGGGCUCCAAAUCAGGGGCUUGCCGACUGGAACGGAUACCGAUGAGGUGCCCGGGAAGAAUGGAGUGCUGGAUAAUGAUGUUUUGCUACGCAGAGCCCUCCCCAACUGUAACGUUGAAAUUUUCGAACCGUGUUACCCGAUUCAUGUGUACGCAGGCUACUACUACCAGCGCUGGCCGCGAACACGUCAAGAGGCUAUGCAAGAUGAAGGAGAUGGUCUCUUGUAUAGCUUGUCUGUCCACAACGACUAUAAGAAGCGGUUUGGGCCGCAAUGGCGAUUAAAAGGAUAG